GCUCAGGCCGCAUGCGCCCGCGGGCGCCCCAACCCCCAGCGGAAGCCCGUGCUCGGCGCCCGCGGCCGCCGCGGAGGAGGACCCCGCGCUGGGCCCCUCUCUGGCAGACUCGGGCAACUCCGCCUCCAGCGUCGCCACGUCGCUCGCACUGGGCGGCGCGUCCUUGGGCGAGUUCGCUGCCGCGGUCGGCGCAGUGGACCGCGCCAGCGUGGUGUCGGCCGCCCUGGCUCUCGCGCAGGCGGUGGGCUGCGAGGGGUCCGGGACGUCGGCGAAGACGUACCUCUGGCGGAAGGCGGACGUGCAGGCGUAGCAGCUCCACGCGCAGUCGCAGGCCGCGCAGUUCAGAGCCUCCACGGGCCGCAAGUGGAUCGUGCCAGGCUCCGCGAGGGCGGGGACGUGGACGAUGUGCGCCAGCCUGGCGGCGGGUGACGAGGCCACUUCGGAGGCCCUGGUCCAACUUCUGGACCGGUCCCCGAUCGCGGUCCUCGCGCGGGGACUUGCCUGGGCUGGCUGGCGAGUUGCCGAGCUCACCGCCCGACUUCGAGGGCCCGCCGCCGUCGCCCUCGCCGCUGGCGGACUGGUGUCCUGCGGGCCCACCCGAGCGGCUGGGGGGGGGUCUGCCCGCCCGCGCCGGGGUGCCCGGCCUGCCCGUCGUUGGAUAAUUUCGUCGGUGUAGUGACACGUGUGGGUCCUGGCCGAGCCUGCUCCAGUUUCGGCCAGCGGGAGCGAGGUGGACAUGCGGCGGCAUCAUUUCGUGGCCGUGGGCUCGGAGGACAACCGCGAGGGCAUGCUGUUGCGCAAGUCCGAGCUCUCGCGGGGCAGCGUCGCCGCGCUGGGCGCGGAGCUGGAUGGCGAGGCAUCGAUGGCGCGCGUUGCGCCCGAGCGCAUCUGGGCCAUCCACGCCGCGCUGGGCGCGCUGCUGCGGCGCAAGCGAGUCAGCGCCUGGUCGCUGCAGGUGGUCAUGGGCCACUGCGCGUUCGCUGCUCUGCGCCGCCGAGGUCUGUUCAGCGCAUUCCACUCGGUCUACGCCUUCAUCGAGCGCGGCCUCGCCUUGCAAGUGCCGGAGGCUAUGUGGGGCGAGUGUCGGGCGGAGCUGCGUGUGUUCAGGUCCCGUAUGAUCUUCGCGACGAGCGACUGGCAGCGCCGUUGGAACGACCUGAUGAUCCAGACCAACAGCAGCCUCGAGGGGUGCGCUGUGGCCCAGGCCUCUUGGCCCAUCAGACUCCGGGGGAGGUUGGCCGCACCCUCGAACGGCAGCGUUUUCGGCGCAUUUGGUCGCACCGGGCCCGAGAGAGCGCCCUCGUGGCGGCAGGAUUUUGCCGGCAGGCGGACGGUAGCUGGACGACCGCGGCUGGCUGGGCCGACGAGGCAGAGCCGUGACUACCGCUCACGUCUGUGAUGCGAGGCAGUUGCUCGUAUGUUAUACUAUGUUCUGCACCCUCGCCGCGUCUAUAUCCGCGCUUUCGUCAGGAAAA